AUGGCGAUGAACUUCGUGACAUUUAACCAGGACUACAGCUACCUGGCUGUGGCAACGUCAAAAGGAUUUCAGAUAUUUACCACUGAACCCUUUGCGAAAAGCUAUGAAGCCAAGGAAGGAAAUAUCGCAGUCAUUGAGAUGCUAUUCUCGACUUCUCUAGUGGCCUUAAUUCUAUCGCCACGGCGACUCCAGAUCCAAAACACAAAGCGACAAUGCACAAUAUGCGAGUUAACAUUCCCGACUACAGUACUGGCGGUCAAGCUGAAUCGCAAGAGACUUGUCAUUGUCCUCGAAGAUCAAAUCUAUCUUUAUGAUAUCCAGACCAUGAAGCUUUUGUCCACGAUCGAUACAUCACCGAAUCCGCAAGCAAUUUGCGCCCUGGCGCCAUCGUCAGAGAAUUGCUACAUGGCAUAUCCACUUCCACAGAAAGCACCUGCCGCUGCCAGCACGCCGGCCCAUGCUCCACCUGGAACAACUCAUGUGUCUCCCACAACCGGAGACGUUCUGAUUUUUGAUGCCGUGAAACUAGAAGCCAUCAAUGUCAUUGAAGCUCACCGAUCUCCCUUGGCACUCAUCGCACUCAAUAGCGACGGAACGUUACUGGCCACCGCUUCUGAUAAGGGAACCAUCAUUCGCAUCUUCUCAGUGCCAGAUGGCCAUAAGCUGUACCAGUUCCGACGUGGCUCCAUGCCGUCCCGAAUUUACAGCAUGUCCUUCAACACAACAUCGACAUUGCUGUGUGUUUCUUCUUCUACGGAGACUGUCCAUAUCUUCAAGUUGACCCAACAAGGUCCAACUUCAGACGGAUCUUCAUCGCACUCUCCAUCGACCCGAGACCAGACCUCUCCCUCAAGUGGAUAUGGAUAUUCACACGACGAAGACGAGACAGGGGAUGCAGGAUCGGAUUCUUCGGCUAGAAAGCACAACGGGACGUUGAUGGGGAUGCUACGUCGAACAUCCCAAAAUGUUGGCGGUGCAGUCGCAGCGAGGGUGGGCGGUUAUCUUCCAAAGGGAGUCAGUGAGAUGUGGGAACCAGCUCGAGAUUUCGCUUGGAUCAAACUGCCGCGAUCAAGCCAAGGCCCUGCUGGAAGUCCUGGUGCUGGGCCGAUCAAAAGUGUGGUCGCCAUGAGUAGUAACACGCCUCAGGUUAUGGUCGUCAGCAGCGAUGGCAACUUCUACGUAUUCAACAUUGAUCUUUCUAAAGGUGGAGAAGGGACUUUGACCAAGCAGUAUUCUGUCGUGGAUUCAAAUGAUAGGCUGGGAUAUACUGCAGAGUACUAA